UUCACCGGUGUGUAACUAACUCCGACGGUCUCUGAGCGAGUUUAGGGAAACUCACACUCACACUCGCACGCGCGCGCGCGUGGUCCACGGAGGAGUCGCUGUCCGCAACGUUACUCCAGCUUUAACCCAUGGACAGGAGUUAAGCCGCGAAGUUCUCUGGGCUCUGGAUAAGUUUAGCCGGCGUAUUUAUUGACUCGGAGAACAGCGACAGCGGCGAUGCCCACGUAAACGGGAGCGUUUUAAAGUUUUUCUGUCCGGAAGAGAGCGCGAGGUCUGGGAUGAUGAUGCACAUCGGAGCUGAUAGCUGACACUGUGGAAUGAGAGAGGAUGGAACAGACAGACAGCCCUGCCCCCGAGAGCAACAACCCUAAUGGGUUUGUCAACCGAGUAUUUAAUGUUUCUUUGGAUGUGGAGAAUGAGAUCAGCAGUGUUUGUAUCCAACAGAGUGGGUCAGGGCCUGCAGAGGAGCAGGGGGAGGCCCAGGCUGCUUCUUCUCAGGUCCCUAUCAAGGACAAACAGGAGGUUAACCGGAGGCCACGGGCCACGGGGGGCAUCUGGAAGAUCUUGAAUCGAAAGAGGGCAGUUUCAGAGCUGGAACGCAGGCCUCACUCCAUGAUCCUACCCGGGGAAGCGUCCAUCCCUAAACUCACGUUUGCUGAUAAAGUCCGGUCGUUCAAGAAGCUCAAAUCGCCCUCUGUGUUCAGAGGGAAGGCAGGGAAAUUGUCCACUGUGAAAUUCAGCAACUCCUUAGUGGACGAGGACUCUUUCUGCCCUGACAUUGGCACUCCUCAGCAGUCCAGCAGGGGGACCCUGAGGCACCGUGGCAAGAGACACUCGUACGCAGGCUAUACGGCAGAAUUCGACUGCUCGUUUGAAGACAUUGACCUGUCGGGUUCUGCAGAUUGCCCUCAGCCAGCCGCAACAGGAGAGUCUGUUACUCAGAAUGGCUGUAAACCGCCAUCGGAGAGAGUUUCCUAUACUAAAAGAAACCACAACAAUUCGAGCAACUGUAACAAAAUAGCUGCAGGCUGUGAAGACGCUAGCCUUAAAGCUAGCCCUAGCACUCACCAGGGCAGAGGAAGGAGGCACAAAGAUGUGUGGAGUUACCUAAGGAGGAUUUCUCUUUUGGGCAAAGCCAACCCCGUCUACUCGGAGAGGAGCUUUGACUCUGAGCUUCACUCUCUGGACAAAACCAUAGACUCGGACUAUGGCUCCGUAGACUUUGAGAGUGUCAGGGAUUUUCAGCCUCCACCUCCAAAGCACUCUGAGACCAAGGGGCACUUUGGUGGUCUGUUCAAGUUUUUCAACAGCGUGGCAGAGACAGCCAGGAAAUGGCGGACAACAUCACGUUCCUUCUCUCCUCCGGAGGAGGAGAGAACUCCCAAGAGCUCCCCACUGGCCACGCAGCGCAGAGUGGACAGCAUUCAUGGUAUGUCCCUGACUCUACACAGUGAAGGACCAACCUCUCAGCCUACCCCAUCUUCACCACUGGUCGCUAAAUCCUCACACACCGGUAGCUUUGACUGCGAGGUUGUAGAACCUGUGAUAGUGGGACGAUCCCCUAAGGUGGUGCUGAAAGCCUUCAGGACAUGCCCGGGAACUACCGCUGCCAAUGGCCUUCAUACAUGUGAGGAUACAGACAAACAUAUAGACAGAGGCACAAAUCACACGUCCACAGCCAUAGUAGAGAAUCGCAUCCCAAAGCCAGAGACUGAAGAAGAAGCUGAGGUUAGAGUUGAAACAUUAACCUGUCUCUGUCAAGAGGAGAGUCUGGAGGGGCACAUGAAAAAUGAACAAAAUUCCAGGGAUGCUCCGCCUGACCACCACCAGAUACAGGAAGUGAAUGUCCAAUCACAACAAGGUGAUAAAGAGAGCACGACCAAUAGUGUACCCGCAUCGAAUUCCACAGAGGAGAUAUUCAAGCUGUGCGAGCAGAUUGCCAGACAGACAGGCUGCAGUGUAAGACAGCCGGGCCCAGCCGGACCCCACUCUAGCACAGAGAGGGCCUCUGUACCCCACAAGCCCCUGCACACGCGUCCUCGGCCGGCCUCAGCUGUCCUGGAACCGUGGAGGCUCGACCCGGAGCAGAACCCCUACCACCAUUACAGCGACGUUGGCUCCCUGUGCCGGCGGAGGCGCAGGCCCGCUCCGGCCGUCCAGCAUUCCCCGGGGCGGAGGCGGGUGGCUGCCCGCUCCAGGCCCUGCUCCGUGAUAGAGGCCAGCGUUACUAGGGAGACGCAGUCCACGGAGCUGCACCACAGAGCCUUGUCUCGUCCCCUCGGCGUGUCGCCACUAGAGCCCCCACUCAGGGCGUCUCUCCAACGCUGCCGCUCCCUGCCGCUGCCCCACAGCACGCUCACUGCCUUGGCGCUGCUCCUGCCUCACUCAGACAUAGGUCAGUCGUCAUCGUCCGUGCGUCUGCGGCCCGGGGACUCGGGGAGUUGCAGGAGGAGGCGGCUGCUGAGACCUGGGUCUGAACCACUACAGGUCAACAUAUUGAUAAGUGGAGGUUCAAUCGUCAACGCUGAGGCGGUAUGGGACCAUGUGACCAUGGCGGACCGGGAGUUGGCGUUUAAGGCCGGCGACGUCAUCAAGGUGCUGGACGCCUCAAACAAGGACUGGUGGUGGGGCCAGAUUGAUGAGGAGGAGGGAUGGUUCCCUGCCAGCUUCGUACGGGUGGAACCCCACCCUCCUCAGCCCCAAACAAAACAGGUUUUCUAUAUCAACCCCAUAGCAACUCCACGGUUCCAAAACACCACGUCAAAGCUGUGGGUGAACCAGGAGGACGGCGGAGCGGAGCCUGCCGAGGGGACGAGCGAGGUGCAGAACGGGCACCUGGACCCAACCAACGACUGCCUGUGUCUAGGCUCUCCCCUCCAGAACCGCGACCAGAUGAGAGCCAACGUCAUCAACGAGAUCAUGAGCACAGAGAGACACUACAUCAAACACCUCAAAGACAUCUGUGAGGGCUACCUGCGCCAGUGUAGGAAGCGCGUGGACAUGUUCAACGACGACCAGCUGAAGGUCAUCUUCGGGAACAUCGAGGACAUCUACCGCUUCCAGAUGGGCUUCGUCCGAGAUCUGGAGAAGCAGUACAACACGGAAGAACCCCAUCUCUCUGAAAUCGGACCGUGCUUUUUAGAACACCAAGAUGGUUUUUGGAUCUAUUCAGAAUACUGUAACAACCACUUGGAUGCCUGCAUGGAGCUGAGCAAACUGAUGAGGGAUGGCAGAUACCAGCACUUCUUUGAGGCCUGUCGCCUUCUCCAGCAAAUGAUUGACAUUGCCAUAGACGGCUUCCUGCUCACACCUGUCCAGAAAAUCUGCAAAUAUCCGCUCCAGCUGGCCGAGCUUCUCAAAUACACGGCACAGGAGCACAGCGACUAUCGAUAUGUGGCAGCAGCCCUGGCAGUAAUGAGGAACGUCACUCAGCAGAUCAACGAGAGGAAGAGGAGGCUCGAGAACAUCGACAAAAUCGCCCAGUGGCAAGCCUCUGUUCUAGACUGGGAGGGUGAUGACAUCCUGGACAGGAGCUCAGAACUCAUCUACACCGGGGAGCUGUCAUGGAUCUAUCAGCCGUAUGGACGCAGCCAGCAGCGAGUCUUCUUCCUCUUUGAUCACCAGCUGGUCCUUUGUAAGAAGGACCUGAUCCGCCGGGACAUCCUGUACUACAAGGGCCGCAUCGACAUGGACCGCUACGAGGUGCGGGACGCCAUCGACGGGCGGGACGACGACUUCAACGUCAGCGUGAAGAACGCCUUCAAGUUGUGCAACAGGGACAGCGAGGAGAUCCACAUCUUCUUGGCCAAGAAGCCCGAGGAGAAGAUCCGCUGGCUGAGGGCCUUCCACGAGGAGAGGAAGAUGGUGCAGGAGGACGAGAAAAUCGGUUUCGAGAUCUCCGAGUACCAGAAGCGGCAGGCGGCCAUGACGGUGAGAAAGGUGACCAAACAGAAAGGUGUAAACAGGUGCACGCCCCCCUCGUACCCGCCCCCCCAGGACCCCAUCAGCGGGGGGCAGUAUGAGGUAACGGAGGACAUGGCACAAGGAGAGGUUUUUGAAUUCAGUCAAUCCAAAAGAGGCCAGGCUCCCUUCUGGCAGAAUUUUAGUAGAUUAGCUCCAUUUAAGAAAUAGAGACACACAGACUCUUCUGAAGGACCAGCUAUUUUUCUUAGAAGCACUAAACACUGGAUGAUCAUGUCCCAUGAUGAAGAAAAAUAUGAAAACACGCAUUAACACAAAAGAGACUUUGAAGUUAAGGACCAAUGUUAAUAUAGAGUGUGACUGGAAGCAGCAAGAGGACUGAAGACUUGGAUUUAGGAAUUUGAGAAAAUAACAGAAACUCUUCAAUUCAUAUAUGUUAGUAACGUUCUUAGUUCUCACGCUUCUCCAGCUGAGUCAGUGUUCACAGACUCCUCCCCUCGGAUUCUGCAUACUCACGCCACCUGAAUGUCCUGGAGUCACAGUACACGGAUUGUUGCAUUAUUUGGGUUUUUUAACCGGUUCUCUGGAAGACCAACGGCACCAGUCGUCCGAUCGUGUCCCAGAGCCACAGAUUGCUUGUGUCGUUCUGGCUGAACGUGAGGUCGAACGGGGAGCGGCCGCGGCACGCGAAGGACCCGUGAGGCCCGUCAUCAGCGUCUCCUCUGAGUUGCAUCCAUCCGAUCACAGACUGGUCGGGCCGUGUGUGUUUUACUGAUGUCUGCAUCUGGAUCUGCCCCUCACGCUCACCCCCCCCCCCCCCCCCCCCCCCCCCCUGCCAUCGCCCGCCCCCUCCGCUCUAUCUCUCCAUCCACCCGCUUAGCCUCUCUGAGUCAGGGGUUUUCGGAGGAAGUGGUUCAUUCUCCUGGAAACCUGCCACUGGCCAUGACACGAUGGGUCAGGGAACAAAUCAAUAGUCAGGACAUCAAUAGAAUAUUUACAUCCUUUCACCAAACACUUUUGACAGGGUAUUCAUAUCCGAUCACGCCAAGGGGCUGCGGGUUGAGUUUCGAGCGCGAGCUCGCCGCUCAGAUGAAACAGCUGGGAGCAGGAGAUAGGCAGGCCACGGUCCACCUGCCUUUUGUCAGCGCCCCCCGCCCCCACCCCCUCUCCCCAGAGACCACCCCUGUAGCACUGUGCUGGCAGCUCACUGGGUGUUUAGACAGAGCACAGCCUACCUCCAGAAAUCCUCCAAGCGAAGUUGAUGCAUUGGCCAUGGUCUAAAAUAAUAUCUCUUCUUCAAAAGAGGAAGGCUGCGAAAGAAAGACUUCUCAGUUGACUUAAUUAUUUUCUAUUGCUCACACUGUAAAAAGCACAGCACAUAUUUAAUCGGAGGAGGUUUUUUAUUUCUAUUUGAGUGGAAGCUAAGCAACCCCCCCCCCCACCCCAUUUUAAAUGGCCAGGACAGCGAUGUGGGCACCACGCUGCACUGCAGGGAGGCAGAAGGGUAAAUUUAAUCUGUAGCAUUACCAGUGUCCUCUGACGGAUUCACGCAUCUCGCAAGAUUUGCAGCUCGGAGUUCUGGCAUGUCUCCCCGUCACGUCGUCUGUCCAGAUCAGAUCCAUGUUCUGGCAGUUAACUCUGGCUCUGUUAAGUGAUUUCACAGAGGACUGUGGCCUGAUCGGAUUGAUUUGUUUAAUCAACAAACGUCCCCAAAGCUGCUCAGAGAGCGAGCGAGAGAGAGAGCGAGGGAGAGAGAGAGAGAGAGAGAGAUCUGGCCACAGAGUCCUUCAACAGAAGCUACUAAUUAACACACAUCAUGAGGGUGUAUUCUUUUCUACAGCAGGAAUGUAAGUGAAACAUCUGUCCAUGGUUCGGGAUCUUAUUUUGACCUCACAGUGCAUCUUGUGUUGGAUUAUAUCACCUGAUGGACCGUACAUAUACACUACGACAACUUGUGCAAUGUGAUACAUCAUUAUAUAUCCUCACUAUUCACUGCGACGCGAUAUGAAAGCGUUAUAUAUGGUUCAGUGUCAUUUGUUUGCCUUCUUACAGGCCUUAUAACCAACUGGAAAACAAAGACGACCUUAGGAUUUGCUUUGUAUGUUGUGUACCUUCUGUUAUGUUUCAGUAAAGAGACGUUGAGAAACGGGUGAGUCGGCUGCUGGUGUCUGUAGCGAUGGCUCCCGGUGAGACCGUUUUGGAAGAGGAUGUUUUUUUUUGUCUGGCACAGCAAAAACAUAUGGUUCCCAGGCCAUGAUAACCUCAGGUCCCGUGCAAAGACCCCCCCCCCCCCCCCCCCCCCCCCCCAACCUUCUCUCGCCCCCUCGCCUCCCGACUCCAUCACCACCAGUACCAACAUUCACACACGCGCAUGAAGCAAACGCACACACACACACGCACGCACACACACACGCACACACACACACACGUACGCACUUGCUGGCCCGUUCUGCUGCGGAGAAGAGAGAUGCUAUCUACCAGUGCCUUCCAGCAUUCCACUAGUGAUUAUCUAUUCAGUUUUCACAGGCAGAUUUGAAUUAGUGAUGUAUUUUCCCCUCAGUGCGGGACUUGCAUCUCUCUUUCUCGUUCUCUCCUAUUCGCGCUGGGACCUCCUCGCUCCCCGGCGCGUGCGAUCCACUCGGACAGAAGCUCCGAGGUCAGGCCUUUUUCCAUGAGUAGAUACUGUGCCGUCUGACUGGAACACCUUCAAAAACACCUUAUUAUAUUGUGUCACUCUCACUUAGCUGUAGUUUUAUUGCACACGACUACGUUAACUCUGAUUUUAGACGUUUAGGAACUACACGCGAUUUCUUUCUUGUUCUAUUUAACUUGCUGAGAGAUUUCAGUAGUCGGUUUCACAUGCAAAGUAUAUUAUUAACAGUGAGUUAGGAAUUAAAAAAAGAUGAAUCUAUUUUACCUCUAUCAGCUACACACUGUAAAUACUGUACAAAGGACAGAUCAUAUAUUUGGAUAUUGGUAUUUUGCGUUGGAGACGAAUGUCGUUCCCGUCCUAGCGUGCGGUUAGACCUCGGUACCAGGUAAAUGCAUGCUUGUGGCAUCCGGUAUUUUGCAUGAGACUUAAGACGACUCUUUGUUUAGUUUCAUUUAACUUCCGACGGGGCCGUUCGCGUGCGACGCCGCGCCAUCGCCAUCUCACUGCGGGGAGUUCUGUUCUCUGUCCACCUGUCUGCUGCUCACCUCGCAUCUCGCACGCACGCACACACACACACACACACACACCUUUUUUUUUUUAUUAUUCCUUGUCCAACACUGAACCGUCGACAGGCGACCAGAAACGCACUGACGCUCCCUUGACAGAACCUGUGACACCGUUCCACACCUCACUUUCCCUUCCUUUAACUGCAAUCGACAGCGUCACGGUCCGAGCCGCUGGCUGCUCCACCCCACCCCCACCCCCCUCCCCCCAUCAACUGCUGAGGGACGAAACGGGUACAAUUUUUCUACGACAACACAGCGAACCAAAUAGGAUCCGGCGCUGAUCGCGAGCGCCCGUGUGUGUGGACUCGUCGUCCAGCGGAGAAACCCAAUAAAUGCCAAACAUCUCUGGCGAGCUAAAAAUAGACGUAAUCCUCAAGACACACACAUGGAGCACUUCAUUGCAAUUCAUAUCACGCUCUGUCAUGUUCCUACUUUGGAAAUCAUCCUUUAGAGUACAAAUUGAUAGGUGACUUAUAUUUAUUGAAUGCAGUAUUAAAUAGUACAAUUUUGGCCACAUGGUUAAAAGGUGUAUAUAUUGGUUCUUAUCUAAUGAGUCUGACCUUGUGCUGGAAGCUGAGAGGACAGCUCUCUGUGCACUUCUUUAUUCUUUAUAUUCAAGUCUAUACACUGAACGCGUCAGAUUUUUGUAGUUUCUGAACCGGUCGCCACAUUCACCGCAGCGUCGUCAGCGUAGUUAGCGAGCAGUCAUCCGAUGACGCGUCCCACUUUUACAAUCUGUUCAUUGUAUAAAAGCAUCUCCUCCAGCUCUGGAUUUCAGCCUGUCACCCAAGGUUUUACUCGCAGUAUCUUUUACUCCUUGGCUCCAUAUGCAAACAUGGCGUUCUCUUUUCCUUGCAGGCCUUUUUGCGUUUGAUUAUUUGUUGUACAAAUGGAAAAACCUGAAAAAUAAUGCCUACUCAAUCCAGAAACUGUGAAUGGGAGAGUGGAGAUGUCAACUGUAUGUACAUUAUAUGUUUUGAUGUAAUCAGAAGCACUGGGAAUAUGUUGUACUUCGCUGUAAAAAUGAAUCCAUAUCUGAUAUAGCUGUACUUUUGUUGAAAAUAAAACCUCUACUGAA